GGGUACUUGUUUUUGUUGCGAAGCAGGAAGCUCCCCGUCUCUCAAAAUUGGGCGUGUGGUGGAUGUAACGUAAACACAGAUUUGCCUUUUAUUUUUAACACUUUGGAUACGUUAUAACGUAACGUCACCUUCCGGCAAUAUGCAGUUCCGUCGCUGAAGGGGAAGAAGAUAUUCCGGCAUUCCUGUAUGGUUGGCGUGUCGUGCCGAGAUGGCGCUGGAGGAAGGGGCGCGGAGCUGUCUGAUGCGCUUUCGCCACAGACUGGAAGAAGAUAUCAAGCCCCAGUACUUGAUGGACCACAUGAUCAGUGACGAUGUGAUGAGUGGCGAUGAGGAGGGGAGGAUCAUGUCUCAGCCCACCAGAAAGGAUCAGGCUGCGGCUCUGCUGGAGCUGCUGCUAAGGAAGGACAACCGUGCCUAUAUCUCCUUCUACAACGCCCUGGUCAAGGAGUUAUAUUAUGAUUUGGCCAACAUGCUUCAUGACGACCUACCGCAGAUCUCACCAAAUGCACUGAAGAGCUCCUCUGAUGGCUGCACGCCUUAUGUCCAGACAGUGCUAAGUGAAGGUGGUGUACCACAGAGGCCUGUGGUGUUUGUCAGCCGACUGGAGCUUCUGAACCAGGUCAGAGAGAAACUCUACCGGCUGAAGAGUGAGCCUGGCUGGGUCACUGUCUUCGGGAUGGCUGGCUCGGGUAAAUCUGUCCUGGCCGCAGAGGCCGUCAGACACCAGGGGGUCAUUGAAGAGUGCUUCCCUGGAGGUGUCCACUGGUUGUCCAUCGGCCAGUUAGACAAACCAGACCUGCUGGUGAAGAUCCAGUCAUUGUGUUUCCGCCUGGAGCAGAACCUGGAUUCCCAGUCUCUCCACCGGCCCCCAAACUCUCUGGACGAAGUCAAGGAGCGACUACGCUUCCUCAUGCUCCGCAGAUACCCGAGAUCUCUGCUGAUUCUAGAUGACAUCUGGGACAGUACAGUGCUCAAGGCGUUUGAUAUCCACUGUCGGAUACUUCUGACCACCAGAAAUAGAAGCCUCACUGAUUCUGUCAGCGGUGCUAAAUAUGAGGUGGAAGUGGAGAGCGGUCUGGAUGAAAACAAGGGAAUGGAGAUACUCGCUCUGUACACCAAAACUGAACUCACAGGACUGCCCGAGGAGGCUCGCAGCAUCGUGAGAGAAUGUAAAGGUUCCCCUCUGGUGGUGUCCUUGAUUGGAGCUCUGCUCAAGGAGAAACCUGACCGCUGGCGUUACUACCUUCGCCAGCUGCAGCAGAAGCAGUUCAAGCGUAUACGGAAGUCAUCGUCUUAUGACUACGACGCCUUGGACCAGGCCAUGGCUGCGAGCAUUGAGGUCCUGCCCGACGAACAUCGAGAGCUCUACAAGGAUCUCACAGUUCUGGAGAAGGACAUUAAAAUCCCUGCUAAGGUGCUGUCCGUUCUGUGGGACCUGGAGCCGGAGGAGGUGGAGGACAUUCUCGAGGAGUUUGUCAACAAGUCUCUGCUCUUCGUGGACGGUCACAAUAAACCCUGUCUAUAUUACCUCCAUGACCUUCAGCUGGACUUCCUGGUGGAGCAGAACCGCACCCAGCUGGAGAGCCUCCACACUAAAGUGGUGCGUCAGUAUCAGCAGCACUACAGAGAUGGUCCUCCUAUCUCGGGAGACGAAGAGUGUCUCUAUUGGAUCCGGUUUUUGACUUUCCACAUGGCUAAAGCCAACCUUUCGCAGGAGCUCUACUCCCUCUUGUUUUCUCUGGACUGGGUCAGCAUCAAGGCCCAGAUAAUGGGUCCAGCACACCUCAUUAACGACUACGUGGAGUAUGGACCAAUUCUGGACAAAGAGAACAGCGAGGUGCGCAGUCAGUUCCAGGAGUUCCUGUCUCUUAACGGCCACCACCUGGAGCAGCGUCCUUUCCCCGACGUGGUGCAGCUCGCUCUGUCUCAGCCGCUCGCCUCCGAGGUCUACAGACAGGCUCUGAUGCAGGCACAGGACCGCGCCCGCACAGGGAAACUCUACUUUGACUGGCUGAAUAAGAGCAGUGUAGAGAGUCUGUCCCGUCUGGUGAUCCACCCCCACCAGGGCUCCAUCUACUCGGCCUGCUUCUCCCACGACGGAGCCAAGAUCGCCACCUGUGGAGCCAGUAAGACACUCAAGGUGUUCAAAAGCACCACAGGCGAGAAGCUGACGGAGAUCCAGGCCCACGACGACGAGGUGCUCUGCUGUGCCUUCUCCCCGGACGACCGUCUCCUAGCAACCUGCUCUAGCGACAGGAAAGUAAAGGUUUGGAAUGUGGAGCGAGCGAUGCUGCUCAGGGUGUUUGCGGAGGAGCACGAAGAGCAGGUCAACCACUGUCAGUUUACAAACACGAGACGACGACUCCUGCUGGCCACCUGCUCCAAUGACAAGUUCAUGAAUGUCAAGGUGUGGAACCUCAACAGGCCAUCCUCCCAGAACACCAUGUUUGGCCACUUUGAGCCAGUCAACCACUGUUGUUUCUCCCCCGACGACACCUAUCUGUCCACUUCUUCCAAUGACGGCACUGUGAAGCUAUUUCAGGUGUCAUCCGCCAAUGAGUGGAAGACGAUCAAUGUGAGUGGCGUGUUUGCGGAGAGCGAUGAGGCCGUCCUCGUCAAGUGCAGCACCUGGACAGCAGAUGGCAAACGUAUCAUAUGUGCAGCGAGGAAUGCUGUCCUGGUGUUUGAUGUGGAGACAUCGGACAUGUUGUUGGAGAUCAGAACAAAUCGCCUGAGCAGCGUGCAAUACUGUCACGCCUGUCCUACCAGUAACCUGCUGGCCAUCGCAUUCUCAAACUACGCCGUGGAGCUGUGGGACUUGGAGGCCAAUAAAAAGAUGGCUGAUUGCAGUGGGCACCUGAGUUGGGUCCAGCGUGUUCAGUUCUCCCCUGACGGCUCGCAGCUGCUCUCGUGCUCCGAUGACCAGACUGUCAGGUUAUGGGAGACCAACAAGGUUCACACCACCUCUGCCGUCUGCCUGAAGAGAGACUCCGACGUUCUGUUCGGUGAUGAAGAAAUCACUGUAUCAGCUGCAGACAACUGCAACAGGCUGCAGGUUCGUGAUGGCAGGACGGGAUCAGUGCUGUUCCAGUCAGAAGAGAUGUCGUCCAGGAUCCGGUGUACCUGUUUGUGCAGGCAGCCCUCUGCAGUGGCUCUGGGCCAAGAGGACGGCACCACGCAGGUGUUGGAGGUACCCUCUGGGAGGCUCUUGGCCACUCUGCUUGGACAUACUAAGACGGUGCUGCACUGCCAGUUCAGCCAGAACGGCCAAACACUGAUCACUUCCUCAGAGGACACCACCAUUAGGGUGUGGAGGUGGCAGUUUGGGGAGGGUAAAGUACUUCAGGGUCACAAAGAGCAGGUCAGAUGCUUCUCUCUGCUCUCCGACUCAGCGGCCGACACAAGACUGCUGUCCUGGUCCUUCGACGGUACCGUCAAGGUGUGGGACACUGAGAGUGGAGAGAAGCUACAGGACAUCGAGGCUCACCGGGGAGCCAUUCUGUCCUGUCACGUCUCACCAGAGGGUUGCUUCUUCGCCACCACCUCUGCUGACAAAACUGCUAAGUUGUGGCACUGUGAGUCCUGGCAGUGUGUCCACACACUGAGGGGCCACCAAGACUGUGUCCGAAGCUGCCGAUUCUCCUGGGACGGCCGACGCCUCGCGACUGGAGACGACAAUGGAGAGAUCCGGCUGUGGAGCGUCAAAGACGGCUCUUUGCUCAAGAUCUGUUCGCGGGACGGUAAAGACGGCAUGGAUUCGCUCCACGGCGGCUGGGUGACCGACCUGCACUUCUCCCCAGACAACUCUCUCCUGGUCUCGACUGGCGGCUACAUCAAGUGGUGGGAUGUGGAGCGAGGCGAGGCCCUGCAGACCUUCCAUCCGACUGGAAGCGCCCUGAAGAGAAUCCACGUGUCAGCGGACUUCUCCACCUUCGUCACCAUCGACAGCAGUGGCAUCCUCUACGUCCUCCAGAGGGUGGUAUGAGGGCGACAGCGACGCCGACAACACGACAGAAACAAAGCGAUCAAACACUACAUUAGAGUGUUUGUUGGAUUAACGAUACCGACAGAGGGGAGAAUGUCAGCUGUGACAUCCCAGAAUCACACAAUUUACCACUGCACACCUUUCUACACUUGAACAGCGAACAGCAAUACAAUAGAUGAUUACAAACAUACUCUUUCGGUUCUUUAAAGUCAAAUGAUUCUGCUAACUUCACUUCACCUGUUUCUACCAGCCUUAAACACAACUGUGGUGUAAAGAUUCCUACUCCAGUCUCUCAUUUUUUUUUUACACUUGAAGAGAAGAUGCAAAUGUGCUUUUUGUACUCAAAACAAGAGAAAAAUGUCUUAUAAAAAACCACAUGUUUACUUACAACAAAAGCCAGCAGAACCCAUCGACCGUGUCUUCUCGCGUAGAACUUCUGAAUCAUUCAUUGCUAAUGAAGAGGUAAAUAUCUACAGGCUAAAGACGUGGGAUUCUUGCGUCAAUUCAAAUGUGUGUUAAUCCAUAUUUUCAUUGGUGCUGAACGAGCGAGCGUGUGACGCGAGGGUUUUUUUCCGCUCCACUGUUCGUGAUCGAUAUAUGCUAUCGUGCAUGUCUGGCGAUCCACGAGGAGCCGUGGAGUGCAUUUGACUCGUCCGUGCUGUGAUGUUUUUUUCUAAAAAGAUAUAUUUGUGCGUGAGGGUCAGUUUCUUUGUUGUAAAACUGUGAAAACUGCUCUGAGCCUGAGUGAGAAUACUGUUGGUACUGCAGGAUGUGUACGUUUUCUCUCUCAAUGCUCUUACGCCUUUUCCAGUCCACUGGCAUGGGAGUCUGGGGCACUUUGAAAUGCAUUAAAAAUUUAGUAGCAUGGUUAAGUUUUAAUGAGUACUCAUUUAAAAUUGAAUCCAAAAUCUCCUGAAAAGCCUGAGAGUCUAUUUGUAAAUGUGAACCCUUUGUACUUUUGAACUUUAAUCAAAGGUAAGCGUUUUCUAUAAAAGAAAAAUUCGCACAAUGUGAUGUAUAAUUUAUAUCAAAUUUCUACUUGCUCAUGUUAAGAGGUACUUUUUGUGCUUUUUGUUAAUUGUUAAAAAAAAAUUGUACCAGUUCUUUUUUUUUUAAUGCUCUAUAUACCACCUUUUUUCUUUUUUUUACACAGUUUUAUCUGCACAUUGUCUCACUACUGAGCCUUUUCCUGUUCUGUGCACUUUGAAGCAGGAGUGCGAUCUUUAAUGAAGCUUUUGGAAAUAUGGCUUCAUUUAAAAAACUGAGUCUUACUUAUUUGACAACACAAAUGUGUGUUCCUCCCUCUUCACGCCUAUUUGUGAUAAUGCAAUCUCCAGCUCCAGAGUGAUUAGCAUGCAAGGACAGGGGGCAAUAAAUGGACAAAAGCAAGGACGCGUUUCAACAUUUAUAAACAACGCUGUUGCCACUUUCACAUCGUGCCCUCCCCUGACUGGUGCUUUUUAAAGACUGGCAUGAAUUCAAUCAACAGAUUUCCCUCCCUGUGUUGGAGGUGUCUGUCACACGUAAUUGUUGAGAUAUCGAUGUUUGCUCAGGAUGUAUUGAUGCUGUUGUACGGUUUGGUACAAUGUGAGUGUAAUUUCAAAUUAAAUUGCAUACGUACA